AACUUGCUCUUUGGAUUUUGAGCUUAUUCUCUUCUAGCAGUUUCUUGCCACCAUGUCGGAAACCGCUCCUGCCGAAACAGCCACCCCAGCGCCUGUGGAGAAAUCCCCCGCUAAGAAGAAGACAACUAAGAAGGCGGCCGGCGCUGGCGCGGCUAAGCGCAAAGCGACUGGGCCCCCAGUCUCAGAGCUGAUCACCAAGGCUGUGGCAGCUUCUAAGGAGCGCAAUGGUCUUUCUUUGGCAGCUCUUAAGAAGGCCUUAGCGGCCGGUGGCUACGACGUGGAGAAGAAUAACAGCCGCAUCAAGCUGGGCCUCAAGAGCUUGGUGAGCAAGGGCACCCUGGUGCAGACCAAGGGCACUGGUGCUUCUGGCUCCUUUAAACUCAACAAGAAGGCGGCCUCCGGGGAAGCUAAGCCCAAAGCCAAGAAGGCAGGCGCCGCUAAAGCUAAGAAACCCGCGGGGGCCACGCCUAAGAAGCCCAAGAAGGCUGCAGGGGCGAAAAAGGCAGUGAAGAAGACUCCGAAGAAGGCGAAGAAACCCGCGGCGGCUGGGGUCAAAAAAGUGGCGAAGAGCCCUAAGAAGGCCAAGGCCGCGGCCAAACCGAAAAAGGCAACCAAGAGUCCUGCCAAGCCCAAGGCAGUUAAGCCGAAAGCGGCAAAGCCCAAAGCCGCUAAGCCCAAAGCAGCAAAACCUAAAGCUGCAAAGGCCAAGAAGGCGGCUGCCAAAAAGAAGUAGGAAGCUGGCGUGUGAAAACCGCAACAAAGCCCCAAAGGCUCUUUUCAGAGCCACCCA